AUGAAUACAAAUAAUGACGAAAUGAGUAAUGUUUCGAAUGAUAACAACAUUGUUAGUAGUAAUAUAGACAGCAUUAACCACAUUAGCAAUAAUCUUGGCCAUAUUGGAAGUGCUGACAAUAUUAACAAUGCUAUCAUAAGCGAAAACCAUUUUAACAGUGCAAAUAAUCUAGUCGAUUCAGAGAAUGAAAAUCAUAAUGACCAUAUAGGGUUGAAAAAUGUGCAUAUCGCUAAUAAAAAUAUGAAUAACUACAGUUCACUGUCCAAUGAAAAUACAAUUGACGAUAAUGGAAAUGAUAUGAAUUUCCUGAACGAUGACGAUAAUGAUAAUUGCAAUGAGAGCAAUGAAAACAACCACAGUGGGAACAUGGGAGUUACGAUCGAAGGUACGAACGAUAGUGGAAAUAAUGACUCUUUGAAUAAUGAUAAGGCCCAAGCUAACGGCAUUCAUAAUAACGUGGUGGAUGAACAGAAUGGAGGCACCAACGCGUCGAAGAAUGGCCAUAUCGGUAACGAUAUUGCUAGCAAUGGCAUGAACAAUACAGGGAUAAUCCUCACCACGGAAGAUGCCCAAUUGAAUAGUGAUAAAAAGAGUGCACCAAAUGGGAACUACAAAAAUGCGUUCUUCAAAAAUGUAGACGACGUGAGGAGCUUCGAAAGAGGCAUUCUCUACCUAACGGAUGAAGAAUUCAAUUAUAUAUCAAACACAGUUAACCUGUUGGGGUUUCGAUUUUUUGAAAUUCCAUCAGAAAAGACCAAGAGCGAAAAGAGAAACACCUACAGCGCCAUAUCGAAGAGACAUUUAAAUGAAAUUAAGAAUCUACGUUGUUCCUUGUCAAACAAUAUAUACGAUGCGGGUAAGAGAAAAUCGAAGAAGUCCUUUGAUCGAUACUAUUCCAAAGAUGAGACGAGUAGCACUACUACGAAGGAUAAUAACGACACGCAAAGGGAAAUUACCCGGAGAAGGGGAGCGGCAUACAACAAUUACGAGGAUGAUAAUAAGAGCUCCCUGAACGAUGAUGAUAACAAGUACGGUAAUAUCAGUAAUAAUCACGUUACCAAUGGCACGGCUGCCUUAGGUUCAUCCGCGUAUAGAGGAGGAGGGGCGUAUAGCAACAAAGUGGGCAGCAGCAGCGGUUCGGCCGUUAACACCAAAAUGAGUGAAAACGAUAAAAUCGCACAAGGGAGAAAUAACAGUAUGGUCAAAAAAGGAUCUAUCAGUAAAGGAGAAAUGGAUAGCGGUAGUGUGAAUAAAAGUGCCUAUGGAGCAUUUCCCAGCGUCGGAAAGGGAAAAUCGUCCAAAUCGGUUGGAAGUAGCAGUAGUAAAAAUAAUGCGGCCAUGCAACACAGUAAUUAUAAGCACGGAGCGACAGGUGCAGCAGCGACCGUGGCAGGAGGAAAGGAAGCGCUAAAAAAGAGGCAACGAAGUAGCAACAGUAGUAUACUGGAAGAUGACACGGUUGACGAAUAUGAACAACACAAAAGAACGUACAAGAAAAGAACCUACAAGAGUGGUAACCCUUGGAAAAAUUGGUGCUUCAAAAUAUUACACAAAUUGAAGAAGAAAGAAAUAUGUUGCUGGUUCUUAAAACCAGUAAACCCAGAACUGGAUGGAAUACCAAAUUAUUUUAAUGUUAUUAAAAACCCCAUGGAUUUUGAAACGAUAGAAAAUAAGCUACUAACGAACAAGUACAAUAAUCCAUUUGAAUGGCAACAAGAUGUGAAAAACUGCGUUUGGAAUGAUGCCUACAAGCUAGCCAAAGAAUUCGAUAAGUUAGUCAAACAACACACAGAAAUGAAAAAUAUCCUCAACGAAUGUACAAAAGGUUCCAAUUCUGUGUAUCUAGAUAUGAAUAAAUAUAAUGAAAUAUUGGCAGAGAAAUAUGAGUAUGAUGAGAAUCUUAAUCACAGUAGUAGUAGUAGUUGCUACACUGGAAGUUCCAGUGAGGAAAUAAGCUCUGAUGAGUACCAUAGCAACAAAAGAUACAAUAGAAAUAACAGUGCUAGUAAUGCCUACACAGCUAGGAAGAAAAACAUGAUGGGAAUGCCUGGAGGGGUGGGAGCAGGGAAUCAUGCGGCCUACCACAAUAUGGACCCGUCGAAUCACAUGUAUGGAGCGCCAAAUCGAAAGGGAUCAGCCGCGGCAGGUGACAAUCGGUUUAACAAAAUGAAUAAACAAAUGUCUAGCAUGUCAUCAAAGAAUGCAAGAGACAAAUUUGUAAAUAACAAAAAGGAUAACUGCUACGGUGUAGGAAAUAAUAACAGUAGAAGUGGUAAUAUCCACAUGAAUAGCAAUAAUAAUAGCAUAGAAUUUGAGCCGCCCAGCAUGGGAACGAUACCAGAACCACCAGGUAUUCAAAAGAUUGGAGCGAAUGAUAAAGGGUUAAAUAACUACCAAGUGAAUUUACUUUUUAAGAAUUUAAGAAGAUUAGCACCAAAUCAAAGAAGGGCAGCAUUAGAAAUUAUACAAGACGAUUUAGGCAUACUGGCGGAGAAUCACAUGUUCGAUAGAUUUUUCACAUUUGACACAGAUUUGUUGUCAAUAGAAAAACAGAAAAGAAUAUUUCUUUACAUUAACCAUAUGGGUAGAAUAAAUUUGGAGCAGUAUAAAGCCUCUCUCAUUCCAUCAGAUCAAAUUGGCGCUUGUACUAUCCCCAAGGGAAAAAUGCCCAUGAAAAAUAUAAACAACAAGAAUUAUCUCAAUAGCACCAACAGUUUGGGUAACAACAAUAAUAAUAGUAAUAAUCUCCAUUUUGAUAAGAGGAGAACAAAUAGGUAUCUAUCCUCGUCGUCCAAUUCGUCCGAUUCGUCUACGUCCAACUCCUCCGAUUCUUCGACGUAUUCUACGUCCAGUGAGGACAGCGAAUCAGAGGAGGAUAGCGACUCGGAUAUGGACUCUGAUUCGUAUGACAAGAAAAAAGUAAAGAGGCAGUUAUCUUCCAACGAACGGAAAAAAGAAGUAGUUACAAACAAAUAUUUCGACAAUAACAGGAGAAAAUCGCUACCGCAGUACAAACCGAUUGACGAGAAUAAGAAAAAUUUACAAUUAAGAGAUGACGUUAUGGGAAUACAAGCUGAUUUUUUAGCCUCCAUGGAUGGAUCAAAGAACGGAAAGAAGGAUCCCAAGACUUCUGGCUCGGCUUGGCCAGAGUGGAAGGGGCAGGUUAUUCAACAGGCUCUCUUGACGCAGCACCAGUCCAGCGUGCCCCUAAACAAGAAGGAGUUGAUAGCGGAAGGAUAUGACGCGAAAAUUUAG